AGUAAUAAGAAUUUUUCUCAUGCUUAUUGUGCUUCUAUAAUUCAAUGCUUUUGUAUGGAUAGAAAAAUAAAACAAUUAUAAAUGAUUAUAAUUAUAUGAAACUUUAGAUGUUGAACAUCUUUAAUAGAUCCAAUUCUUUGUUUAUUGAAUAAUAAAAAAAAUUAUUUACAUAUUCUAAAGAAAAGAAAGCAAAAGUUUAUAGAAAUUAAUUAUAUUCAAUUAUGGUAAUCCAUUGUUAAAAAAACAUUCAGAUCCAAACGAUUUACUAUUGAAAACAAAAUUACAAAAAAUGGUUGGAACAUCACAAAGCUCUGGUAAACCCGGUGAUUUAAUCUGCCUAUGUAUUGGCGGCCGAUUAUUUGUAACUAGAAGAGCUACACUUUAUCGAUUACCAGACAGUCGGCUUUAUUUAAUUGCUACACAAGGAUCAAGUAAUCAAGAGUCGAAUAUAAAUUACACAAAUCAAUUAAAUAUAGGCGAUGAUUUUGUCAAAUCAAUGAAUGAUAAUAAUUCUGAAGUAGCUUCAAAAUAUUUAUCACAAUCACAAACAUCUGGUAGAUUAGUUGGAAAUGGACCAAAUGAUGGUGCUUUAAUUGGUGGGGCAUCAAUUCUUCCUGAUAAUAUAGCAUCAAUGGUUGCAGGAAAUAUGAAUUUACAGUCAGCUUCGUCAAUUUGCCGAAAUCGUGGCUCUGGUUUUACUAAUCCAAUAGUGAAUCCAUCUCAUGGAAUUGAUUUAUAUCAAUCAUCAUCAAAUAAGCCUGUUUCACUGUUAUCACCAACAUCAACUAAUCAGUAUACUCAAUUGUCUAAUGCACCUAUAAUGACAACACCUCCAAUUGUUUAUUUUUAUGAUCGUGAUCCAGAAAUAUUUCGUUUCGUAUUAGAUUAUUAUAGAACUGGAGAGUUACAUUUACCAUCAAGUAUAUGUGGUCCAUUUGUUCGUAAAGAGUUAAUAUUUUGGGGUAUUGAUGAAGCAUUAAUUGGUCCUUGUUGUAUGCCUGCCUAUAUGAGAUAUGAUGAAGAGAAACGAACAAAAAAUACAUUAUUUCGUGAUUGUUUUGAAGAUAUCGAUUCGAUGCAAAAUCUUGUCAAAUUUUCUAGAGGAUGGAAAAAAUGGCGAUAUAGAAUGUGGUUAUUUAUGGAUCAUCCAUCUUCAUCUUUAGCUGCCAAGAUUUGGGCAUCUGUUCUCCUAGUAUUAAUGAUUGCAUCUGUAAUGUGCUACUGUUUGUCAACACAUGAUGUCUUCCGGACAAAAUCCACUAUUAUGUUAUCAUACAAUGGUUUACAGUCAUCUACUGCAGCUGAACCAAAUUCAAAUAGAAAUAAUAAUCUUUAUAAUAAUAAUAAUGAAGAGAAUAACUUUAUGACUAAACCAUUUCAUACUGAUCAAAAAACAUCAUAUCAAACUUUUCUAUCUACUACAACCAAUACAUUGAAUACAAUCACAACUAAAGAUAAACAAUUUAAUACAACAUUUAAUAAUCCAAUAUCUAUUUGUUAUGAUUCAUUAUGGCAUCCGAAUCCUAAAAUACAAAAAGAUUGUUCUACUGAACCAUCGGAAGGAUUAGUUACAUUUGAUAUUUCAUUAAAUUGUUUAUUUACCAUUGAAUUUCUGCUCAAAGUUUUACUUGCACCAGAUAAACCAAAAUUUCUUACAUCUAUUGUAUCAGUGUUUGAUAUGGUGAUAUUAUGUAGUUAUUGGGUAUAUAUGUCAUUAUUUUAUUAUUAUUAUUAUUAUCCUAAAACAACAAUGACAAAUAAUGUUGAAUUAAAAAUUGAACUGAGUGGAUAUUUAUGGUUAUUGAAUAUUUUAUCAAUGACACAAGCAUUACGUAUAUUACGUAUAUUUAAAAUAUCAAAAAUAUCUCGUGGAUUAAGAGUACUUAUAUUGACAGUGAAAAAAAGUAUACCAGAAUUAGUUCUAUUAGGUUUUCUAUUGAUGAAUGGUAUGUUUUUAUUUUCUUCUAUGAUGUAUAUAGCAGAAUAUCGUGUAAAUGAUACAUUUCCUGAUAUACCACAAUCAUUUUGGUGGUCAAUUAUCACUUUAACAGCUGUCGGUUAUGGAGAUAUGCAUCCAAAAGGUGGAGCUGGCUACUUUGUCGGUUCAUUAACAGCUAUAUCUGGUUGUAUUGUUACUGGAUUAGCAAUACCAAUAGUUGGGAAUAAUUUUAAUACAUAUUACAAAUAUAUGAAAAAUCAAUUAAUGGAAGAUAAAUACUUGAAAACAUUACGUAAAGAUAUGGAAGCUACAGGUGGUGUCAGUGGGACUAAAUCAGGUUUAGGUGUAGCUGCAGAUAAAGGUGGUUUACCUUUGCCAGGUAGAAAACCGCGUAAUAUUAAUCGACGUAUAAUACGUGGUAGUAAAAUCAGUAAAAAUGAUACUAUGAAAAGUAGUUUAGUAAAUAUGAUGGAAAUUUGUACACGAUCAAUAAAACGUCUAUUACCAACAGGUUUAAUUAAUAAAAAUAAUUGUAAACCAAUUGGUGUGCCUAAAACUCAAACAACUGAUUCUAUGCAAUUAUUAACAGAGAAUCAAAAACUUCCUAAUGUGUUCACACGUAAAGCAACUAUCCAUGAACUAAAUGAAAGGAAGAAUAGUUAUAAAAAUCAAAAUAAUAUGUCCACUAAUAAUUUAAUGUCGUGUAAAAAGAAGUUGAGUAAUGAUAGAUUAGAUAUUGAACAUCGACCAAGUUUGAUGUAUCCAUUAGCAACGGAUCAGUUUCUCAAUUCACUUCUACCUUCUCAGUUAUCAUUAAUUCCAACACCUCAAAUAUGGGUAGAUGGUGAAGAGUUUGAUGAUCAAUUGUCAGCUGCAAGUCAUGUGUUUGAUAAUAAUGGUAGUAAUAACAAUAAUAAUAUUAAUACCAUCAAGUCAUCACAAUCAAUUUGUUCUGCACCAAGUAUAGAAGCUACUGAAACAAUUCAAAAUCAUCCUGAUCAUCACUAUAUUUAUCCUCGUAUGUCUAUUGUCUCAGAGGAAAUAUUACCUAAUUCCAUACAGAUUUCAUCAGAUAUACCAUGUUGUACAGUUUUGAAUGUUUCCGAUGUAAUACAAAAUGAUGACAAUAUAAUGUCCAGUGCUGAAGAUGGUGAUGAUGAACAGGAAGAUUCUAGUUGGGAAGUUAAAACAAUGAAAUCAACAAAUAAAAUCCAUAUGAAUCGUGAAAUUAAUAUAAUACCACGUAAAUCUCCAUCAUUAAAAAUGUCUACACUAAAAAAUAAUAAUAACGAGACUAGCAAUUAUGAUAAAAAAGAUAAUAAUAAUAACAACACAGAUAAUAACAAACUUAAAAAACCAAUUGCUAAGAGAAUGAAUUAUGUAUAAGUGGGUGAUUCGAUGCAGUCUGUUCAUUAAAUUUAUCAUAAUCAAUCAAUCAACCAAUUAUUGACAAUGAAAACAACAUUAUUCAGUAAUUCAAAACUCUUUAAAUAACUUCUUAAUGAAUGACCUAUACAAAGACUUACAAGUUUUAGGUGAUUACAUUAGAAACCCACAAUCAUUCACUAAUCAUCAAUAAGGAAAGUAUAGUUUCAUAGUAACAAUAAUUUGUAAAUUUAAAAAAAUAUGAUUACCAUUAUUGUUUUAAUACGAAUGUCUAUUUUCAAUGUAGAUAUUAUUAUUACUACUUUUAACAUUUUUUUCUUCUGAUACGAAUGGUAAAUACUUCAAUAAUCAUUUUCAUUUAACUCAAUUUUCUCUUUUCUUUCUUAUUUGCUUCUCUUUAUAUAUAUAUAUAUAUAUAUAUAUAUAUACAUCUAUUUCUAUGAAAGUUGUAAUGAAUAAGAAUCAGAUAAGAUAAUCAUAAAACUUUAUGCAAUAACAACAACAACUACUACUAAUACUACUGAUUAAAAUAUUAUUAUAAUAUUCUACUAAUAAAAUUUAAUAAUGAUUAUAGUUUUUUCCUGAAAUGUAAAAUUAUUAUUACAUUUUCUUAUCUGCUUUUAAUUGUAUGUUGUGUAUUGCGGUGUUUAAAUGAUAAUUUACACUAUUUCAAAGAGUUAUAAUAUAUAUUCCUUUCUUUCUUUUCCUUUUUUUCUUCUUUUUUUCUUUUUUCCACUAUCAAAUAUCAAUAAUAUAGUGUUUAAUGUUCAAUUGUAAGUAGAUAGAAAAUAUUUCAUUAAUUGUUUAAUGAUGUAAUUAACAUUUUUAAUUAUUCAUUUGAAAAAGGAAAAAGAUAAUAAUACCUGUGAAAAUGAUUUUGUAAAUUUAAUAAAUCAACUAGUUAGUAAUGAAUAGUUUUCAAUAAAAUUUUUAAUUCAAUUGUUUAUUAUUAAUAUCAGUAAGGGGUUUUGUUAAGAUUUUAGUCAUUUAAUUAUUGAAUUCAUGAGUUGAUUAAGGCUGAAUUACCAUAGAAAACCUGGAAGCACUGAAUAGUCGUUUCCUCCCUAGUAUGGUACUCCUCAGCAGUAAACAUCGACGACCACACAUACAGGACUCGAACCCAGGACAUUCGGUCUCAUGGGCCAACACUUAGUCUCUAGACCUCUAAGCAGUCUCAUACUAGGAUGAAACAACCACCCAGUGCUCUCAGGUUUUCCAUGGUGAUCUAGCUCAAAUCAAUUUAUCCACGAUCUCGCACUACUGAGGAGUCCCAUACUACGACGUUACGAUCGUCCAGUGCUUCCAGGUCUAGCUUAUAUUGACUCAUGAAUUCAACUAUAAAUAAUAUACUGUGGCAUACUCUUAGAUACA